ACACAUGACAAUCCACACUGGAGUGAAGCCGUUCGCAUGCGAUCAGUGUGGAAAGAGUUUCAGAAAGGCGUGUACUUUUAAAAUACACCUGCGUCGUCAUUCUGGAGAAAGACCAUUUACCUGUGAUCAGUGUGGUAAAAAGUUUUAUAGGACAGAUGCACUGAAGGACCACCUGAAAGUUCCUUCAAAGGAGAAGCUUUACAUGUGUUCUUUGUGUGGAAAGAGUUUUAGUCAGUCGAGUACUUUAAAAUUACAUCAGAAAAGACACAAUAGUGUGAAGGAUCAUGUGUGCUUUGAUUGUGGGAAGACUUUUGUUAGAGAUGCUGACCUGAAAAAGCACCAGAGAAUGCACAGUGAGGAAAAACCUUACAAGUGUUCAAAAUGUGACAAGAGCUUCAAAUGGUCAGAAUAUCUGAAAAAACACGAGAGGAUCCACACUGGAGAGCAGCCGUAUCACUGCCCUCCAUGUGGGAAAAGUUUCAAUCAUUUAUCAUCUUUACUCAGUCAUACGAAAAAGAAAUGUUUGAAAUCACAGUAGUUGUUUCUACUUUGAAACAAUGGCACGGACUAGUGUUAUCACCUGGUGGAACAGCUGGUUAGCACAAAACCAAGUCAAGUAGUACGCGUGGUUACAAAAAUCGGGUGGUACGUGUGCAGUACGUGCAUACUAUUUCCUCUGCUCAUAAACAAGGCACAGCGCAUGCGUGCUCUAUGUCAGCAGCACCACACGUCCGCAGCUAUCCCUUUAAAUCUGCCCUAACCUGUUGCAAGAAGCGACAACACAAAGAAACA